AUGUUGUCCUCCAGCUCCCGCCAGCUCCUCAACCGAGGCCGGCAUCUUUUCAACACCUCCAGUCUCGCCUCUUCUUCGAACCAGAGAAGUUUCGCCACUAAGGCAGUGGUUGCUGGCGCCGCAGGCGGCAUUGGACAGAGCCUGUCACUCUUGCUGAAGCUGGAUCCCAAUAUCGAUGAGUUGGCACUGUUGGACGUGGCGCCAGUCGUCCCAGGAGUCGCUGUCGAUAUCUCUCAUGUCAACUCACAUUGUCAAGUGACUGGGGGGUUUACGGACAAUGGUAAUUAUUGGAGAUUCUUUUGCUUUUGUUGCUACUUAUGUUUAGUCGGAGAAUCAAUCGGAAUUGCUUGAAGUCUGUUGAAAAGAUCACCGCUAAGAGAUCAAAGAGCACUUCUUCUUUCCUUCUUUCCCUUUUCCUUACUCCCCACCAAGACGAAGCAACUGCCCAUUUUUUUCUGCCAUUAACUUUCUUACACAGAUGCCGCCCUCAAAGACGCCAAGAUCGUUGUCAUCCCGGCUGGCGUGCCACGUAAGCCAGGCAUGACCCGGGAUGACUUGUUCAAUAUCAAUGCUGGCAUCAACGCAGGCUUGGCGCAAGCUUGCGCCAAGAACUGCCCAGAUGCCAUGAUGUUGAUCAUCAGUAACCCGGUCAACAGCAUGGUCCCAAUCUGGGCGGAAGUGCUGAAGAAGAAUGGGUACUGCAUUUUUUAGCACGUUUAUGAGUUCUUGUUGUAUUCUAACAAGUAUAAUAGUUUAUAGAUAAAAACUUUUUCUUCAUUAGGAUGAUCAGGAACAUGAUGAUGAUUUUCUUCAACUAACUAGCGGACUAGCACUGCACACAACUAGUAAAUUAAACCACGUCCUCUACUUACAACACCGUCCUUAUCUCUGUCUAUCAUACCUUCCACAUCUUCCCGAGGACGCGGCACCAUCAAACCAAACAGUUGCUACAACCCAAAACGAUUGAUGGGAGUCACCACAUUGGAUGUGACUCGUGCCAACACCUUUAUGGCGCAGAAGCUCGGCGUUGACGUCGCCUCCAUGCACGUCGAUGUCAUCGGUGGACAUGCAGGAACAACUAUUCUGCCGAUCUUGAGUCAGGUAUAAUUCUAAACGAUCUUGCCGAUCAUUUAGGCACAAGAACAACUACAGUUCUUGUGGUUUUGUUGCAUGUGGACUCAGAAGAUUGUAGUUUUUGUUGCAGUUUUUAGCCUCCUCUCAUCUCCUGAUGAAAGAUGUCAACAUGCGAAGAUGAACGUUUCAUACCACUUGACCCUAAACCCUAAAAAACCCAGGUCCCCGGCAUCAGCGCCGUCUCCCAAGCUGACCUCGAAGCGCUUACUCAUCGUAUCCAGUUCGGCGGAGACGAGGUCGUCAAGGCCAAGGACGGCGCGGGCAGCGCCACUCUGUCCAUGGCCUACGCGGGUGCGGAGUUCGCCGCUUACGUCGCACGAGCUUUGAAGGGAGAAAAGGGGUUGAAGGCGUGCACUUACUUAUGUCAACGAUCGUAGGUCUUGUUUCAGCUGACUUCUUAGUAAGUUUUUUUCCAUCAACAUUUUUAAUAUGAAGAUGGACUUGGACAUCUUCCACCCUCUUCAUUAUGAUGCAGAAAUCACUACUCAAAACAUAAUAUUAGUCUUACAUCUGGGGAACAUCUUGUAUAUGCUAUAAUUUCCAUCAUUAUGAUCAUGAAGAACAAGAUGAUCAUCUUGUAUGAUCAUCUUGUUCCACCCAGAAGAUUUCACUUUCGUUAGAUGAUAAGGGAAAGUAUGGCUUCUGAUUCGGGUCAACAUUCCCUUUCCUCUUCUAAUACCCGUCGAGAACAACCUGACCGAAGCUGCCUACUUCUCCACGCCAGUCACAUUGGGCACGGAAGGAGUCGAGGAGAUUCACUCCUUCGGUGAUUUGAGCGCCAUGGAGAAGGCCAAUUUCGAUGCCAUGAUGCCAGAUCUGAAGGGUCAGAUCGCAAAGGGCGUGGACUUCGUCAAAAACAUGAAGUAGGGCGUUGUCCGACUGGUGUUCAUAUUGACCAAAUUAGAGAUUUAACCUAUACCUAAGGCUUCGGUUUGCAAUUUUUAAAGAACGUUAACUACUCAGUUUGAAGCCUUUUUAGAUGGCUAGGCUUUGUUGUUCGUGUAACUGUAAAUAGGAUAAGAACAAUUACAAGGUCAAGGUCAUGAACAUGAUUUCUAUUUGAUGUUGAUUUAAGAGGUUUCACAACUAGAGUUCCAACAAACGCGUCAUGGUUUUCCACGACCAAUCCAUUUACCCCGUGAGCGUUCACGCUCCGUAUAAAUGGAAAGGUCUUGCUUAGUAAUAAGCUUCACUAUUUUUUACUAACGAUCAUUGUGUGGUCAUUUUCUACAUCUAGAACUAGAUAAACAUGUUAUUGUGAAGACUGCUCAUUUUUGCGCACAAGAACUGUGAUGAGCCAAAGCUGCUCAGUCCGCUCGACAAUCAUGAAUAUUCUCAUGAUGGGUGUCGCCUACACCUUGUUGAACAGGCUGACGCUCGGAAGAUAAACUUGCGCACUCGUAGAUGAUAUGGGACAAUAAAAACAAGAACAUCAUGCAAUUGCCACUAGUAGAGGCAGAAGGCAGGGAAACAUCAUCUCUGUGGUGCUAAACAUACACUAUGACCACUAUUUUGUUUUCGUGUCCGCUGAGGAAGUAGGAAA